AGCUGGCCCGACUUUGAAGUUUCUGUUUUCCUCUCUGAUUAAGGGUUUAGAGCGAGUUAGCAAUUCAGCGUACUUGUCUCUUGGAGACCCACCCAGGUAUCUCCGGCGAUUGCUCCUCAACUACCUUACCCCGCGAUCCCAGACCGACUCUGUGGACCCGCCGUAGGGAAGAGGACAGGGAAGGGAGACCAACUUGGACAGGUUUGGUUUGAUCCGGACUCUGGCCAAACCCGUGGUGGGAAGGAAAGGGGGCAGAGGUCCGACCCUGUAACCUGAAUCCGGAUGAGGAGUCUGAAGAAAUAUCCCGACUUUAGUGUGUGACACCCGGGACAAAACUGGAAGGCAAGAAAAGGUCUCGAAGUGGGUUCACUCCGUGAGAAGCAUCCUAAGCAGCCACCUCCCUCCUCUUUCUCCUCCUCCUCCUCUUCCUCCACCUCCUCCUUCUUCUCCUCCUCCUCCUCUUCUCCUGCUCUUCCCUCCCUUGCUCUCCCCCGAGCCCAUUGCCGUCUCGAGUGGCCAGAGAGGACGGGGUGGUUCAUGAUGGGCUCGGUGCUCCCCGCGGAAGCUCUGGUGCUGAAGACCGGCCUGAAGCCUCAAGGGUUGUCUCUGGCUGAGGUGAUCACCUCCGACAUCCUGCACAGCUUCCUAUACGGUCGAUGGCGGAACGUGCUGGGAGAACAGCUCUUCGAAGAGAAGUCUCACCACACCAAUCCCAAGACCGCCUUCACCGCAGAGGUCCUGGCUCAGUCCUUCUCGGGAGAGGUGCAGAAGCUGUCUAGUCUGGUGCUGCCAUCGGAAGUGAUUAUUGCUCAGAGCUCCAUACCUGGGGAGGGCCUGGGCAUCUUCUCCAAGACCUGGAUCAAAGCAGGCACUGAGAUGGGUCCGUUCACAGGCAGGGUCAUCUCUCCAGAGCACGUGGACAUCUGCAAGAAUAACAACCUGAUGUGGGAGGUAUUCAAUGAAGAUGGCACAGUUCGAUAUUUCAUUGACGCAAGCCAAGAAGAUCACCGAAGUUGGAUGACUUAUAUCAAAUGUGCCCGAAAUGAGCAAGAACAAAAUCUGGAGGUGGUACAAAUUGGCAACAGUAUCUUCUACAAGGCAAUUGAGAUGAUUCCUCCAGAUCAAGAGCUGCUGGUUUGGUAUGGGAACUCUCAUAAUACUUUCCUGGGGAUUCCUGGUGUCCCAGGGUUGGAAGAAGAACAGAAGAAGAACAAACAUGAGGACUUCCACCCAGUGGACACAGCCGCCAACACCGCGGGCCGCAUGCGCUGCGUCAUCUGCCACCGGGGCUUCAACUCCCGCAGCAAUCUGCGCUCUCACAUGCGCAUCCACACCCUGGACAAACCCUUCGUCUGCCGCUUUUGCAACCGGCGCUUCAGCCAGUCCUCUACCCUCCGCAACCACGUCCGCCUGCACACUGGCGAGCGCCCGUACAAGUGCCAGGUGUGCCAGAGCGCCUACUCCCAGCUGGCAGGGCUGCGGGCGCACCAGAAGAGCGCCCGCCAUCGGCCCCCCAACGCCUCGCUGCAGGCGCACUCCCCCGCCCUGCCCGUGCCCCAUCCCACCUCCCUCGCGGCGCACCAUAUCCCCACCAUGGUGCUGUGAGACGCCCUGGCUGGCCUGCAACGGGAGGCAUUGGAGACUGGCACCGCGGCGCAGCCCUCUCUCCUCUCCUCUCCAUCCCUUUCCUCCCGAGAUCUGUGAAAGCUGACCUCUUGGAAUGGGAAGCGGGGUGCAAAGGAGGGACUGGUUUCAUCAUUUGGUUUUAAGGCAGCUGAGUAAGUCCCCUAUCCCACUCAGCUUGCAUAGUUUGCAUCCUGCCUCCUUCUCCAGGGAGCUUGGGGUGGAGGGGCAGAAGAAGGCGGCACACUAAGUGUUUGAUUGAUAUAUCUAUAUGGACAUAUAUACAUAUAUUUUCUUCUUCUUACAUCACCAUCUUAGGGCCCUUGUAAGUCAAUAGGUGUCCCCCUGCCUCUCACCUAGCUAUCCCUAGGUCCCAAGAGUCACCUAUGAGCCUUUUUCCCUUCUCAGGUAGGGGGUCAGGAGGUGGGUGGGAGAGUGAAUGAGGAAGAGGAAGGAGUGGGCUGGACCAAUCAAAGACAUCUCUGCUCCACUCCCAUCCCCCUAACUCUAGAAAGCCGAGAUCCUCUGAAAAUGGACAGCUUGGAGAAAUGGGAGCUCUCGAGGAUUUUCCCGUUCACUCUGGAGGCCAAAGCAAUGGGGGUUGGGAUAGGGGUGGGGGUAGGACUGGAAUCAGGAAUUCCUCCACCCCCCAAACAAGGGGUGCCUCUGGUGUCUCCGAACCUCCUCCAGAUCUCUUCCUUCCCCUCCUCCCUCCCAUCCUCAAGAUUAUUCUCAGGAAACAGAUGCAAGUCAGUUGGUUUUAGUUCAAGAACAUCCUCGGGAAAAGCUGCUCCCUCAUCGGGCUCAGGUCUGGCUGAGGGGAAAGAGGGUGGGUAGAGGCUGGGAGGGCAGGCACGAGACUACUGGACUUUCUGGCCAAGAGGGGGAAGCCGAUUUCAUUGUUACAGCGGCCUGAUGUCAGGCCUUAUUCUCCCCCUGUCCUGGCUCGUGGAAAUUGGGUUCUGAAACCUGGAGGGAUUAGGGUGGAUCAGGCCAGCUAUGGAUGGACAGACUGGGGAGGGGUAAGGUCAAGAGGUGGACACACUGUGGAAUUCCAUUUUAUCCCCAAAACCUCAGCCCAAUUAUCUUCAGGGGAGAACCGAGGAGGACUGGCAAUAGUGUUUUUGAGCCAUCCCCUCCCUGGAAACACUUCCAAACAGCUGCGAAAUCCCUUGGGAAAACGAGGAGACGACUUCACCUGACUCAGCAGUCCCAGCCCUCUGGAGACCCAAACAUAUCCUUUCUCCCUUUCCCCCAACCCCCCAAAUUGCUCUUAAACUCCAGUAAUGAGCGCCCUCUAGUGUCUCCCACCCUGCCCCAUAGUCAUUAACAAGUGACGAAGCCCUUAGGGUGUUUUGUAAAAUAAAGAAACUAUAAUAAUAUUAAUGAAAGGUAUAAAGUGUAUAGAGUUUUCACAAACUGUGUUCUACUUCCAGGAAAUGGUCACUUUAACUUUGUAAAUAUUUAUCUAAAAUGAUAUUGACAAAACUUUGAUAUAUAUUAUUUGAUUGUAUAUGUAUGACUGUAAAUACAUUUGUACCUCUUGUAUUCUAAAAUAAAAAAAAAUUGCUUGGAGCAUUUAUCAUUU